AACAGCCAAGUGCGUUUCUCAAACUUCAGUGACUUUACAUCAAAAUGGAUAGACGUCAAUAUAUAUUAUUACCAAUUUUUUUGAUUCUAGUCUUUAAUUGCGAAGGCAAGAGUUCAAGUACCAGGUCAUUAAUAUCGACCACUAGUCCUGAAAAUUCCAAAGAAUCUGGCAACAAACCACAGGAUUCAGGAUUUAAUAUGCCACAAUUAUUUCGUUUUCUAUCUGAUUUAACUACGAUAUGUAGUAAUAAUAGCAACGAAACGUCAAACAUCAAUGAUAAAGUCAAUGAAACUACCGAUGAGUCUAGUUAUAUAUCGUAUCUUAAUGAUAGACAAACGGAUGAUACAGUGUUACCAAUAUUAUGUCGUCUGCAAAAGUAUUUAAAUGCCGUAUCUCAGAUUAUAAAAUAAAUAAUACAUCUGUGAGAUAAUUUAUUGUAAAAUACAAA